AUGCUGCAGGACUGUCCCAAGGCCCGCAGGGAAGUGGAGCUGCACUGGAGAGCGUCGCAGUGCGCGCACAUCGUCCGCAUCAUGGACGUCUACGAGAACCUCUACCAGGGGAGGAAGUGUCUGCUCAUCGUCAUGGAGUGCUUGGAUGGUGGGGAGCUCUUCAGCCGAAUUCAAGACAGGGGAGACCAGGCCUUCACAGAACGGGAGGCUUCAGAGAUCAUGAAGAGCAUUGGGGAAGCCAUCCAGUACCUGCACUCGAUCAACAUUGCUCACCGGGACGUGAAGCCAGAAAACCUCUUGUACACCUCCAAAAGGCCAAAUGCUGUGCUAAAACUCACGGAUUUUGGCUUUGCUAAAGAAACCACCACACACAACUCCUUGGCCACUCCGUGCUACACACCGUACUACGUGGCCCCAGAGGUGCUGGGCCCAGAGAAGUACGACAAGUCCUGUGACAUGUGGUCCCUCGGUGUCAUCAUGUACAUUCUGCUGUGUGGGUACCCCCCUUUCUACUCCAACCACGGCCUGGCCAUCUCACCUGGCAUGAAGAAGCGAAUCCGAAUGGGCCAGUAUGAGUUUCCCAAUCCUGAAUGGUCUGAAGUAUCAGAGGAAGUUAAGCAGCUGAUCCGCAACCUGCUGAAGACAGACCCAACCCAGCGCAUGACGAUAACGGAAUUCAUGAACCACCCCUGGAUCAUGCAAUCCAUGCAGGUGCCCCAGACCCCUCUGCACACCAGCCGCGUGCUGAAAGAGGAGAAGGAUCUGUGGGAGGAUGUGAAGGAGGAGAUGACGAGUGCACUGGCCACCAUGAGAGUGGACUAUGAACAAAUCAAGAUCAAGAAAAUCGAAGACUCUUCAAACCCUUUGCUGAUGAAGAGGAGGAAGAAAGCCAACCCCACCGAGCCUGCCGC